AAGGAUGCGAUAUGGAUCAUAUCGAGGAGAAGUUUUUCGCGACGGUGAACAAGGACGCCUCCUACCGAACCCGAGACCAACUCACUGGCAAAUAGGGCCACGGCAAUCAAAAAGUUUGAAAGUUUAUUGGAGUUUAUAAGGAAUGCUCUUGGUCCCGGAAGAGCGGUAUGAAUGAUGCCGAUGUUCAGCGACAAGCCACCACCCGGUAUCAAGACGACAGACGCAAAGGCAAGGUCCCCGUUAAUCUCUGGAGCCUUUUAAGCCGUUCACCCAAGUGGCAACAACUAAACAACCCCGAGGUCGGAUUGUCAAAGAAAAGAUCCUCCGCCGAGGUUGAGGCCGAUGACGCUAUCGACUUAUCAGAACAAAGACCUCCCUUCAACCUAGACGACUCCGAUGACGAGGAUCCCGUUCCACGACCGAUUGGAAGAAAGAAGGCAAAACCUAUUGCCUUGGGUUUUGCUAGGUCUGGCUCUUUUCCUCUCGCGGUGAUAUGUGUCGGGAAAUGAUUGAACAACUACAGGUGUUUAAUCUU